AUAUUGUUGCAAACAUUGAAUAGUUGCGCAAACAGCCACAGGUUUACAAACAACCUGGUUUUGUCCACAUCCUGCCUAUUAGAGUGAGUGAGUGUUAGAAAUUAGUCCUCGCUGCCACACCCGCCUCGAGUUUACACACGAACAGUUCAGGAGCUGCUGAAAGUCGGCCACGGAGAGUACUGACAGGCUCUAGCGCAGCAACCCGCGAUGGUCCCGGCAGAGUGACGCUCCACACACCGCUCCACUGCGCACGAGUAAAUACCAAACCCAGAGAUGACGCGGCUACUCUCCGAACUGCUGUUCUUCAUAUUCUACUUCGCUCAGUCUCACGCCAUGAUGAUGAGAAACGAAGCACUGAUAUCUAAAAUGGUGUCCGACUUUCAAAAAGACAACACGAUGUCUGCCACGCAGCGCUCCCCCGAGCAGCCGGCGCAGCCCCCGCUGCAGCCGGUGCACCAGCAGUCGCAUCAGCAGUCGCACCAGCAGUCGCACCAGAAGUCGCACCAACCGUCGCACGGCCAGUCGCACGGCCAGUCGCACGGCCAGUCGCACCGGUCGCCGCAGGAGCUGCAGAACCCCGACAUCCUGUCCAUGAUGCAGAACGUGCUCUGCAAGAACUUCCCCACCAUACCGUGCGGCAUGAUCGUGGAGGACGGCACGCUGCGCAACCUCAUCGAGCGCUCCAUACAGCAGCUCAAGUACAAGAAACUGUCGAUGGAGAAGACGACGGCGGUGCCCGGCUACCACCUCACGCUGUUCCCGUCCAUAAACAGCGAGGAUCUGUCCAACUUCCUGCAAGUCAGCGAAAAUGGGUACUACAAGAACAAGGCAGAGAAGUCGAGGUCGAGGAAACACAGGAAAAGAGUCGCGAAGACUAACGUCGACCAUCCGGCGGGGGAGAGGGAGAGCAAGAAGAAGAGCAAGUCGAAGAAGGAAACGUCGCGGACCACGCUGUACAGCGGCAGGAAGAAGAUCAGGAAGUUCUACCCGCACAAGAUAAAGUAUAAGGACAAGUCGAAGGGAAGGAAGGACUUCGGCGACUACUCGGAGGAGAAGCUGUCGAUGUCGGUGGAGGUGCCCGACCUGACCAUGGGGGGCGCGGGGGCGGGCGUCGCCGCCGGCAGGAAGCGCUCCGACCACGUCAACUUCAAGAUGGAGCCCGUGGACCCGCCCGUGUGGCGGAUCGACUACAUGAAGCACGGCGAGCCCAGCCUCAACGUGUUCGGCUACGAGCCCGACCGGCUGAAGGAGAAGCUGGUGAAGACGGGGCCCAACGUGCUGGUGGCGGAGAACGUGCUGGAGCAGGCGGCGCGCAAGGACGUGCUGCACCCCGACGUGUACAUCAAGAAGAACUUCAUCAGGAAGAACGCGCUCGAACUCAACUCCGGCGCCAUCGACUAGCCACACACACACACACACAGAUUUGUAUUUAAACAAGUAUUGAGUUAAGGUUUACUAUUUAUCAUAUUCCCACUGCAUCUCUAUGAUCAUAAUAAACAUCCAUUUGUAAGAA